CCGCGGAGCGGGGACGGAAUGACGGACUCCUGGGAGCGAGGUAAAGGCAGGCGCACCCAGCCCCCCUGGUCUGCACCCAACACUCAGGCACAACCAGGACUGCGCCUGUACAACAGCCUGACUCGCAGCAAGGAGCUGUUUGUCCCCCAAGAUGGUAACAAGGUCACAUGGUAUUGCUGUGGCCCCACUGUUUACGAUGCCUCCCACAUGGGACAUGCCAGGUCCUACAUAUCCUUUGAUAUCCUUAGGCGAGUCCUGAGGGACUACUUCAAAUAUGAUGUCUUUUACUGCAUGAACAUCACUGAUAUUGAUGACAAGAUAAUAAAGCGAGCCAGACAGAGACAUUUAUUCCAGCAAUACAGAGAGAGGAACCCGCGGCCCAGCGAUCUGCUCCAGGACGUCAGCGCUGCACUAACGCCAUUCCUACAAAGGAUCAGCGAGGCCAACGACCCAGAUAAAAGGCAGAUGCUGGAGAGGAUCCACGGUUCUGUUAGUGCUGCGCUCCUUCCUCUGCAGGAUGCAGUGAGCAGCAACGCCCGGGCCGAGGAGCUGGAGAGACUCAGCCAGGAGCUGAUGGAAGCAGCAGUGGACUUGCUGUCGGACUGGUUGGAUGAGAAACACGGGGCCCAAAUCACAGACAAUUCCAUUUUCUCUCAACUCCCCAAACACUGGGAAAGCGAAUACCAUAGAGACAUGGAGGCCCUGAAUGUCCUGCCGCCCGAUGUACUGACCCGGGUCAGUGAAUAUGUGCCGGAAAUUGUAGCAUUUGUGCAGAGAAUUGUGGAUAAUGGUUAUGGGUACGUGUCUAAUGGGUCCGUGUACUUCAGUACUGCCAAGUUCCAUGCCAGCGAGAAACAUUAUUAUGCCAAACUGGUUCCCGAAGCUGUUGGAGAUCAGAAGGCCCUUCAGGAAGGUGAAGGGGACCUGAGUAUCUCGGCAGAUCGGCUAAGUGAGAAGCAGUCUCCCAAUGACUUUGCUUUGUGGAAAGCUUCAAAACCUGGGGAACCUUCCUGGGAAUCGCCAUGGGGAAAGGGGCGGCCUGGUUGGCACAUCGAGUGUUCCGCAAUGGCCGGAUCUAUUCUGGGCGAAUCAAUGGAUAUCCAUGGGGGUGGAUUUGAUCUCCGAUUUCCCCAUCAUGACAAUGAAUUGGCUCAGUCCGAGGCUUACUUUGAUAAUGACCACUGGGUGCGCUAUUUCCUCCAUACUGGUCACCUGACUAUUGCGGGCUGUAAAAUGUCCAAAUCCUUGAAGAACUUCAUCACCAUCAAAGAUGCACUUCAGAAAAAUACAGCCCGUCAGCUGCGCCUGGCGUUCCUGAUGCACGCCUGGAAGGACACCCUAGAUUAUUCCAGCAACACAAUGGAGUCGGCUGUUCAGUACGAGAAGUUUAUGAAUGAAUUCUUCUUAAACGUGAAGGAUCUUCUCAGAGCUCCUACUGACGUUACAGGGCAGUUUGUGAAGUGGGAAGUUCCGGAACUAGAACUGAACAGCUGUUUUUAUAGCAAAAAGGCAGCCGUUCACGAAGCGCUGUGCGAUAACAUCGAUACCCGCACCGUCAUGGAGGAGAUGCGGUCGCUGGUCAGUCAGUGCAACUCCUACAUUGCCAGCAGGAAGGCAGCCAAGCAGCCCCCCAACAGAUUGCUACUGAGAAGCGUCAGCUCCUAUCUUACUGCCAUGCUCAAGGUGUUUGGGGCAAUCGAAGGUGAAGAAGUUAUUGGUUUUCCCAUUGGUGGAAGUGACAACAGCAUGAAUCUGGAAAGCACCGUGAUGCCGUAUCUGCAGGUUCUGUCCCAGUUCAGAGAAGGGGUGCGACAGAUUGCCCGGCAGCACAAAGUGACUGAAGUCUUACAGCUCAGUGACCUGCUGAGGGACGACGUCCUUCCAGAACUCGGCGUCCGGCUGGAGGACCAUGAAGGACUUCCCACUGUUGUCAAACUGGUCGACCGAGAGACUUUACUGAAGGAGAAAGAAGAGAAGAGGAAGGCUGAGGAAGAGAAGCAGAGGAAGAAGGAAGAAGCAGCCAGGAAAAAGCAGCAGCAGGAGGCAGCCAAGCUAGAGAAGAUGAAGGUCUCUCCCAGCCAAAUGUUUCAACUGGAAACAGACAAAUACUCCCAGUUUGAUGAAAGCGGUUUCCCCACACAUGAUACGGAGGGCAAGGAACUGAGCAAAGGGCAAAGCAAGAAACUCCGCAAACUGUACGAAGCACAAGAGAAGUUACAUAAAGAAUAUUUGCAAAUGGCCCAGAAUGGGACGACAGGCUGACAGUUUGUGCAGGAAGUGUGCGUUUCCAUAUUCCCCCCCUGCACAUAUUUAUUACGCUGUAAAUAAAUGGCCAUCAUUAAAUACCUCUGAUUUCAGUGCCACCAUGAACCUUUAAAUUGGGGGAUUUCCUGGCUCUGCCGGUGCCUAAUAGGGAACCCCAAAUAUCAACUUCUUCUUCCCAACUGUCAAUCACAAAUAAUAAAUUCCUAAUAACGUG